AUGAGCCAAAUCGCAUGUUCAACCUCCUUCGGCAACGCCGCCAUAAGGUCUCUCAACUAUAUCCGUCCACUCUACGCAGCUCUGCCUCUAAUAUCAGCCGGAAUCAACGCCGCCUCCAAGCCCCCCGGCUCCACCACCGUCCGCAGGUUCAGCAGCUCUCCCCUGCCUAGUUUCAACAGGCUUCAGUCUCCCGCCGCUCGUCGGACAAAACUAUCCUCCGCCGCCUCCGCCUUGGUCCGUCAAUUCAGCAGCUCUCCUAGUGGUCAUGCUUCCCCUGGUCCUGCUCUCGAUAGAUUCCAAAACGAGCCCCAGACUAACUGGGGAGUCCGAAUAGUGCCGGAGAGGAAGGCGUGUGUGGUUGAGAGGUUCGGUAAAUACGUAAAGACUCUGGGGUCGGGGAUACACUUCCUUGUCCCUGGUGUGGAUCGUAUAGCUUAUGUUCAUUCCCUCAAGGAGGAAGCGAUUCCCAUUGGUAAUCAGUCUGCGAUCACAAAGGAUAACGUCAGCAUCAACAUCGAUGGUGUUCUAUACGUUAAGAUAGUGGACCCUAAACUAGCUUCUUAUGGCGUUGAGAAUCCAGUUUACGCUGUUGUCCAGCUGGCUCAGACUACAAUGCGUAGUGAGCUCGGUAAGAUUACACUUGACAAGACUUUUGAGGAACGAGACACUCUCAAUGAGAAAAUUGUGGAAGCUAUCAAUGUUGCUGCAAAACAUUGGGGUCUUGAGUGCCUUCGUUAUGAGAUAAGGGAUAUCAUGCCUCCUAAUGGAGUGAAGGUUGCUAUGGAAAUGCAAGCUGAAGCUGAACGGAGAAAGAGAGCCCAAAUUCUUGAGUCUGAAGGAACACGUCAAGCCCAUAUCAACAUUGCUGAUGGUAAGAAGAGUUCUGUAAUCUUGGAAUCAGAAGCUGCAAAGAUGGACCAGGUCAAUCGAGCAUCAGGUGAAGCAGAAGCAAUAUUAGCUAGAGCACAAGCCACAGCCAGGGGACUGACCUUGUUAUCUCAAUCCCUCAAAGAAACUGGUGGAGUGGAGGCUGCGAGUUUGAGAGUUGCGGAGCAAUACAUUCAAGCUUUUGGCAACAUCGCUAAGGAGGGUACAACUAUGUUGCUUCCGAGUUCUGCUGAAAAUCCUGCUAACAUGAUCGCUCAAGCUUUGACAAUGUACAAAAGUCUCGUCCCCAAUGGUGCCCUCCAAGAUACUUCAGCAGUAGAAGUGGCUACUUGAGCUUAUACCCUUCAGUAGAAACUAUGGUAGCUUAACUAGAACUAUAAUUAUUAUUUUUGACCUGAGAAAGGUGUUUAAUAGGACAGAUAGUUAUCAACUUAUCUCACCUUAGUGUCAUUUUUUAUUGCAAAAUAGUAAACACAUCUAAAUUC